AUUGAUAUACAGAACAUUGUUCAGUCUACAUCAAUUUUGAAUUGUGAAUAUUCGGUAAAGAUUAUUGUGAUAAAAAUGGAAACCCCAAGCGAGUUAACUGAGAAACAGAACCAAGACCAACCUACCUACCAGCCGCGACUGAACGAGGUGGCCCAAAAGUUUCUCGCCGAUUUGGACGCGGAGCGCAAGCGAUUGUCCGCGGAGUUUCCACUUUGCGCACUGCUAAUCGACGAAUCUGUGGACCGUGUCUACUCCACUGGUCGCAUUCCCGGCAAGGAGCCCUUCGCAGACGUGUACCAGCAGAAGCCGAUGAAGAUUAUCCAAAAGGUCUUCGUGCCUGUUAAUAAGUUUCCCAAGUUCAACUUCACUGGCAAGAUCCUAGGGCCCAAGGGCAACUCGCUGCGUCGCCUUCAGGAGGAGACCCACUGCAAGAUUGUCAUCAAGGGUCGCAACUCGAUGCGCGAUCGUAACAAAGAGGAGGAGCUGCGCAGCUCAGGCGACCCGAGAUAUGCCCAUCUUCACAAGGAUCUCUUUUUGGAGGUCAGCGCGGUGGCCCCUCCGGCGGAGUGCUAUGCACGGAUAGCCUACGCCCUGGCCGAGAUCCGUAAGUACCUCAUUCCAGACGAUAACGACGAUGUUUGGCACGAGCAGCAGCGCGAGCUGAUGGAAAUGAAUCCCAAGUCGGCCAAGAAAAGUAACGGACUCAAUAUGGCGCCCUACAGAUCGAAUUUCGACAAGGCGAUUGGAGCCAUCAGGAAUAGGGCUCCCAAGUACAACAACCAGAUUAGGCGAGUUACGGAAAAUCCGCGCGAAGUCGCCUAUAUGGAGGAGGUGGAAUAUGAUUAUGAUGAACAUCUUAUGUUCUGCUCCCCAGUCGUCCGUCUAUAGGCUAUGAGUAUAGCAAACCACCUACAUCAAUGACAGCGACAAACGCUACGCCAUUUAAACGUGGAUAUCCGUAUCCAAGUAUAAGCCCAAUCCUGCUAUGUGGACUGACUGAGUUUAUACAAUCCAAGGAAGCACAUUAAAGAAAGCAGCAUUUAAAAUGAUUCUUUUAAUUAAUAAACAAACAUUUAU